AUGUCUCACUCGUUGUUAUUACAGGAGCCUCCAUCGCCGGCAGCAGCGGCCACCAGCCGCAGGCGGCCAUGGGGACCCAACGGCCCUUCCAGCGGCCCUGCCAGUGCCAGCGGCAGCAGCAACGGCGGCAGCAGGAGCGGCAACAGGGGCGGGAUCACCUUCGGAGGAGGGGGGCUGAAUCUAGGCGGAAUCGGGGGAAUAGGGGGAAUUGGGGGAAUCGGGGGAAUUGGAGGGUUGGGGAUUGGGAGCGGUGGUGCGGAUGGUGGUGGUAGCAGCAGUGGCGGUGCUAAUAUCGGUGGUGGUGGAGGUGGUGGCGGUGGUGGCGGCGGCGGUAGUUUUAAGAGUUUUGGAGCUGGAGGCUUCAUGGGAGGCCCUGGUGGGUUUUUAGGAGCCGGAACAGGAGGAGGGGCCUCCUUUUUCAAGAACAUCCAACGGUCCUUAUCCAUAGCCGCGCCUGAUCGUGGCCGUCCGCCUCCCGCCCCCACCCCUCGCGUCCCCUCCUCCCAUUCCGCCACGUACGAGUCUCCCCCUAUACGCCCCCAGCCUCCCCCUUCCCAUGGCGCUGCGGUUCGGGGAAGAUCAUCAGGAGGAGCAACAGAGCUUCAUAUAACGCUGGACGAGAUCCGCUCUGCAGGAGGCGCCUCCCCCCUCCGCAGGUCGUUACCAGGGGGGGUGGUAUCUCCUGCGCUCUCUGGGGGCGGGGGAGGGGGGGGAAUUGGAGGAUUGUGGGCUUUGGUGACGCGGACUAGCAGCAGUGGGAUUGGUGGGGGAGGAGGCGGGCUGGAUGACGUGGCGGAGUCUCUGCCCUUAUCUGCCACGUCAUCAAUGAACACGUCACUGGGGAUCCUAGCUGGCAUGUCGUCGCUGCGACCUGUGCAGGCGGAGCAGGCAGAGCCGUUGGAUGCAAGCUUUUUCGAGGAGGACUUUGACCCUGUCCGCUGUGCGUUGGAGGAGCUUCCAGACGAACCCCUCUCGUUGCAACAUCUUGGAACACAGUGUGGAAAGCGGCAGCUGCAGCUGGAUGAGGUGUCGGAACAGCUGGCGACACAAGUGAUGAGUCACCACGAGGAGAUGGUGCAAGGGAUGAACCUCUUUGCGGAGCUGGAGCGGGACCUUCAAGUGCUCUAUGUCAUCUGUAGGAACACACGCCGGCUGCUGAACAGUGCGCGCAAUGACAUCUCAAAGAACCUAGUGGUGUCCAACAAUGUGCAAAAGAAGCGCAUGGCCACUGUGAGUGUGGCGAGGGCAAGUGUCAGGAGCAUGAUUCCCGUGUUGCAGCACAUGCAGCAGGUGGCACAGAUGAAGGCAAGGCUACAGCAGCUGGUGGAGGGCGCCCACUACCCCGCCGCCCUGCAGCUGACGCCCCUUGCUUGCUUGCUGCACCCAAUGCCUAUCUUGUUGCAGCACAUGCAGCAGAUAGCACAGAUGAAGGCAAGGCUACAGCAGCUGGUGGAGGGCACCCACUACCCUGCUGCCCUGCAGCUGUGCUCGCGCUGCCUCGUGCUCGUGGAACAGAGCCGGUCACUGUGGGCCAUUGGAGACAUGAGCAGCAGCCUUGAGGGCUGGCUGGCACGGGUAGUGGAUGAGGUGGACGCCAUUCUCUUCACAGUCUGCCGCCGCUACAACCCCACCGCCUAUGCCACGGUGCUGGAUUCAUAUGCAGUGAUGAACGGGCUGCCCGCCCUGGCAGAGAAGGUGCACAACUUCUUCUCCCAGGCAGUGGUGUCCGAGACCUAUGAUAUCCUGCUGCAGUUCGUGGAGCAGGGAAGCACAGAAGACGACGUCAGAAGAAGCAGGAUGGCAUACAGCGAGCUGUGCGGGCAGCUGUCGGACCGAUUCUUCUUCCUCUGCCUCAUUCGCACCAUGGAGCUCGUUUUUGAGCUCAUGUGCUCGCACCACGUCAUGAUGACCGCUCACCACCCACUGCUCAAGACAGUAUCUGCUGCUCCCGCUGCCGCUCCGCCCGCUGCUCCCCCUGCUGCUCCGCCCUCCGCUGGUUCAAACGCGCCCCAAGUCCCGGCAUCAGCAAUCCCCAUCUCCCAACCCACCGAUCCAUCCACACCUCCUCCUUCCUCCUCUCAGCCUCUGAAGGCUGACCCGGCGAUUGCAAGCAGCAGCAGCAAGAGUGGUGGUGGUGAGAGCAGGGCGAGUGAGGAAAGUAGGGCGAGUGAGGAGAGCAGUGCUGCUCCGGACCGGUUUGAAGACUCGCUGUGUUUGCCAGCUGCACAGGCUGUUGUGUUUGACGUUCCAGCACAGGCAGAUCCCAGCACAGCACAGACGCAUCCCAGCGCGUCUGGCGUUGUCUCAGGGACACAGGCUACUGGUGCUGCUGCUGCACCUGGCGCCAGUGGCAGCAGAGGUGCUGGUGGCAGCAACAGCGUUGCACCCAGCAGUGCUGCAGCACCCACCGGCAGUGGUGGUGGUGAUGGUUUCAGUGAUAGAGUGGUGGGUGCUAGUGGCAGUGGCGGGCCGUCAGCAGCCAAUGAGCUGAUGCCAGCUGUCCCGUCGCCGGCCAGUGAGCUGACGCCAGCUGUGCGGGAGGCGGCAGCAGCAGCAGUGAGGGGUGCGCUAGAGAAGGGUCGGAAGACGGUGUGGGAGCUGGCUGCUCGAAGGGUGGCGGCUCUUUUAUCUGCUCCUCCUGUGUGCUCUGGCACCUCGGAGCAGUUCCUGCAGGUGCGUGCUUGUGCCUCUGUUCUGUCUACAUCUCUGUUUCUGAUUCGCCAAUACAGGAAGACGGUGUGGGAGCUGGCUGCUCGAAAGGUGGCAGCUCUUUUAUCUGCUCCUCCUGUGUGCUCUGGCACCUCGGAGCAGUUCCUGCAGGUGCUUCUGUUUCCCCUUCUCUCUUUCUCACUCAGAGUGAAUCUGGCAGCAGCAGUGGAGAAGGCGGUGUGGGAGCUGGCUGCUCGAAGGGUGGCGCCUCUGCUGUCUGCUCCUCCUGUGUGCUCCGGGACUUCUGAGCAAUUCUUGCAGGUUCUCUGCCUGGUCGAAGAGUUUGUGCUGGCAGGGGAGGCGUUCACUCAAGCAAAGGCUGGGAGCCUGAGUCUUAGGGCCAAGAGGCACUCACCAUUCACCUUCUGGAUUCUGCUGCCUCCCUACCCACCCUCACAUCCCCUACAGAUUCUUUGCCUGAUCCUGUGUCUGGUGGAGGAUUUUGUGCUGGCAGGGGAGGCGUUCACCCAAGCAGAGGCGGGGAGUCUGAGGGCCAAGAUGGGUCGGCAGUGCGACCAGUUCUUUCGGAACUACCACAGACAGGCACUGGAGGUUCUGCGUAUGAUGGUGGAGAGGGAAACAUGGCAGCCCCUCCCCCCGUCCUCCCAGCAAGCCCCCGAGGUGCAAAGUCUCAUCUCCGCUCGCUCCACGCUCGCCCGCUCGCCCGCCAAAAUGCUCACCUCGAGUCCCAGCGACUCUGCUCUUGCUGGGGGCGGAGGAGCAGGAGGUGUGGGGGGAGCGGGAGGAGCAGGAGAGGGAGGAGCAGGAGGAGUGGGAAUGGGUGUGGGAGGGGUGGGAAGGGAGGGAGGUGUGGAGGCAGGACGUGUGUGGGAUUUUAGUCACUGGAUGCAACUAGACCAACCUUUCAAUGUAGAGAAUGUGAGGGGUGGGAGGGAGCAACUGGACGCAGCAAGCGGGAGAGGGAGAGGAGCGGGCGGAGGGGGAGGAAGGGGAGCAAGAGGGGUUAACAGCGGUGGAGUGGGGUGGGAUGGGCCGCAGGGGAUGCUGAGGGAGUUGGUGGUGGUGUCGCAAGGGGGGAUGGGGGGAGUGGCGCGGGAGAGAGCACGGGAGAGGGAUCGGGAGAUGCUGCGAGAUAAAUUCAUGGAUAUGGAACGAGAGAGGGAGAGGGAGAAGGAGCAAGAGAGGGGAAGGAUGAGUCCACAUUCAGCGUAUCAGAGCCCAGGAGGAGCAUAUGGAGCAGGGGUUUCUUCUGGGGGAGGUGGAUAUGGGGUAGGUAGGUUUGGAAGUGCAGCAGAGGGGGUGAACGAGCUUCGGCAGUACAGCUCUGAGCGAGUAGCUCCAAGAAAUGCCGCCCCAACUCCCACUGGCUCUGCUGAUGCUGGUGGUGAUGCUGGUGGCGGUGGUAGCUGGGGCAGUGGGUAUGAUUUGAAGAGUAAUAGCUACAGCCACAGCAGAGGUGGUGGUGCUGUUGCCGCUGCUAGCCCUUCCGGUGUUGCUGCUGUUUGUAGCGACCCUACUGCCGCUGUGAGUGGUGCCAGCAGUGGCAUGAGAGGGGUUGGGAGCGGUUUAUUGAGGAUGCGAGAGGAAGGGGAAGGAGUGGAGCAGGAGGAGGAGGAGGAGGAAGAGGAGGAGGAGGAGGAAGAGGAGGAGAACUCGUUACUAGGCCGCUCACAGAGUGAUGGCAGGCUGGGAGGCCAGGGGAGGAGGCGGGCUGGCAGUGGGAAGGAGGGAGGCGGAGGGGUAGGCACUGGUGGGAGCAAGGGGGGGAAGGCAGGGAAGGGGGGGAAGGCAGGGAAGGGGGGGAAGGCAGGGAAGGGGGAGGAGCAGGACUUUGCUGCCACUGCAUCUGCUCUCGGUGCUGUCAGGCUGAUGGACUAUCAGGUCACGCUGCUGUUCUCUCUCGGACCCAUCUCAGCUGACGUCAUCAUGUCCGUGUGGCAGCUAUUCGACCUCUACCUCAUCACAGUGUUCCGCAUAUUCGGCCAUCGGGAGGCCUUUGCUGCCCUGCGAUCCGCCGACCCUGCCGCCGCUCACUUGCUAUCCCCCAAGCUCCGUGCAGUGCUCACCAAGAUCCUGCACAAGUUUGAAGCCAUGGGCCUGCGUCCUCUCUCUCCUCCCUCCUUCUCUGAUGCUGCUGCCUCCGCUGCUGCCUCUGCUGCUGCUUCUGCUGCUGCUGCAGCUGCCGCCUCUUCUCUCGAAUCAACUACAGGGGCAUCUGCUGCUGGUGCUGCUGCUGGUGCGACUAGAGGUGCUGGUGCUGGUGCUAGGGGUGGUGCUGCUGCAAAGGGUGGUGGAGAAGGCAAUGGGAGUGUGGCAGGGCGGCCAAGUCUGUUUGAUGGCAAGACCGGCACCAGGGUGCUCAUCUCCUCCUCCAACUUCUAUGCUCUCAGGGAGCGGUGUGUGGCGAUCGAGUCGCUGCUGUGGCUCUCCCACGUGGUGCACGCAGCACGGCAGCGCUUCCUCUCGCACCUGCCCAAGGCUUCGUGGCCGCUCCUUGAGUCCUACACCUCCGAAACCCUGGAGGUGGUACCAGAGCUCUGCGAGCAUGUGAUGAGAACAGCUGCUCGAUUGCUCAUCAACUUCACCAGUUACGCAGACAAGAUCGCAGCAGGGAGAUGGGAGUCCCACGACGUCACGUCCUACCACAGCCCCUACGUGGAUGCGCUCCUGUCGGAAUUCCGCCUCCUGCUACAGAGAUUGAACCACCUGGGCAUCCCAGUCCAGGUGCAGCACCAGCUGGUGCAGUUUGCAAUGGAGGCAGUAGCAGACGUGCUUGUCGAGGGCUUCUCGCGAGUCAAGCGCUGCUCCAAUGAAGGCCGGGCGCUUAUGUCCCUCGACCUGCAGACGCUGAUCAAUGGCUUGCAGCAACUCACAGGGCGCCGCCCAGACAUGCAGAUUGUUGACACGUACAUCAAGGCCUUCUACCUGCCCGAGACAGAGUACCUCUACUGGGCGCUCAGCCAUCCC